AUGAACAACCAUUAUCGAAAUGGAAUAAAAGAUUUGGGAUAUAUGAUAUCAAUAGUAAGUUCUUUGGACAAAAAUGACGAUAGUACUAAGGAUAAUGAUAAUGAUGGCAGUGGGGAUGAUGAUGAUGAUAUGUUGAUUGAUGAUGAUGAUUGA